AUGGACCAAGUCAAGAAGCCCACCUCCCAGCAGAGCAGCCAAGGCUCGCAGUCCAUGAUCAGCGUGGAAACAUACCAACGCCGGUGGGAGCAGUUGAUGGAGGACACCAACCAGCAAAUCCAAAAGAUUCGAGCUACCAUAGAGGAAGAAAGGGAGAGAGCUCGCCGCCAGAGCCAAACUGCGGCUCGAUAA